AGGCUUUUUUCUCAAUUCCGGGCAUUUUCAAAAGCUACAAGCAAAAGAACAAACACUGCGCAGGAAAUAGUAAUAUGGGAUACUUGAAGUAUGCAACGAGUUAUUGGCAGAUGUGAGCAUUCUUGAUCCAUGUUUGCGGUUUGUGAAUUGCAAGAGUACUUGGGUACUUGAUUAUUAAUCAAAUAAAAAUUAACUCCGCGGAUAUAGGGCAUUGCAUGGGGAAAGCUAUGCACAGAGUUCCAUUGAAGUUUCAAUCCCACUAUAAAAGAAAGCCAAGGUAGAGCUUUUACGGGAGCAUUUGAGCUGUUGCAUUUUGGUUUGCUAAGAUCAGUACCAAGCUUGAAGAUUGGAUCAAUAACCAAAUUAUUGCCUUUUUUCGCACAGCCAAGCAUGAAGAUUGUUUUAUUAGGUUCGAGAGGUAACAUUGCAAAUCCACUUUCCAAGCUGUUGGUUUCAAAAGGAGCCGAUGUUACAGUUAUAACUAGAUCGCAGAAGAAUGUUGACGCUAUUGAAUCUGACGGUGCCAAGGCUGCUGUCGGCUCUGUCGAUGAUGUCGAAUUUUUAACCAAAACGUUUGACAAAGCAACUUCAGUCUUUAUCUUGAUUCCUGCUAACUUGUUUGAAAAGAACGCGUUGAAAACAAUGAUUGCACAGUGUAACAAAGUUUGUGAUGCAGUUUUGAAAGCCGGUGUCAAACAUGUGGUCUACCUCAGUGGAAUUGGCUCGGAUAUUCCUGAAGUCGGAUUCCAUUCCGAAAAUGAGCUCAUUCUAAAAAACAAAUUAGCCGGUUUAGAUAGCGUUUAUCUUGUCCGUCCAUCUGAUUAUUUUGCCAACUUUUUGCGGAACAUUGACUCAAUUAAAAAGGAUGGUGCAAUCUACUCUAAUACACCAAAAGAGCAAGUCGAAUCGUAUGUUCACCCAAUUGAUGUAGCUGAAGUUUGCUCAGGUUUGCUAUUCAGUCCAGGUAAUGACAUGUUCAAAAUCAUUAAUGUUGAAGGCGAUUUUGCAAGCGGAGAGCAGGUCGAAAAGUUGUUGAUGGAUGCAAUCCACAUUCCUGUCAAAUGGGUGCAUUUAUCUGAUGCUGAUGCAUCGAAGGCUCUUGUAAGUGCGGGUAUGCCAGAAGAAAAUGUUAUGCCAUUACUCACCAUAUUUUCAGAAACUUAUCAUAAUGGAAUCACAAAUUUUAUUAAAAAUCAAGGUUCUGUUUAUGGUAAGCAUAAACUCGCAGACUAUUUUAAAAAAGAGUUUGCGGCCGAGUACAACAAGUAACUUUACUUCAUUGCUGAAGACGAACUUUCAUAAAACCUAAGGCUUAUAUACUUUAAUUCUGUGUUUUUAUAAAUUUUGCAGCUACUUUCAAAGUUUACAUGCUACUAGUACUUUCAGCAACCCCUGAUUCAUUCUCUAGAGUUAAGACUUCUAAUUUAUUCAACUUUGGCCGGAGUUGCAUCGCUUUGACUAAGCAAUGAAAAGUGGUCAUCAGACUUCCAGACCCAUACACUCAACAUCAACGAUUACUUCAGCACCACUCUCUAUCUAUUUUAUUGAGUAGUCAGAGUC